AGCGCAGCUCUCUGCAGCCGCAGGCUCUACCGAUACUUCCUGAUGCACCUGAGCAGGUGAGAGGAGGAGCAGCAGAGCGUCUCUACUGUCUGACUGCGGCGGCCUGUGGCAUGAAAACACAGCGAAUGAUCAGGGUUAAGGUCCAGCAUCAGGGAUGACGGACUGUUCAAGAACUCAGCUGGUGAGCGCCAUCCAUUUACAGGAGGUGGAACUGCAGGUAAAAGCUGCAGACAACCAGCAGGGAAACGGUAGCAGUAACAACAAUGCAGAUGAGAAGUUCACCGUGGAGCAGGCUGUGGAGACCAUCGGCUUCGGACGCUUUCACGUCCUGCUGUUUGUCAUCAUGGGCAGUGCCAAUAUCGUGGAGGCGAUGGAGAUCAUGCUGUUAGCUGUGGUUUCUCCAGAGAUUCGGUGCGAAUGGCGUCUGGAGGACUGGCAGGUUGCUCUCGUCUCCACCAUGGUGUUUGUUGGCUUCAUGGUUUGUGGAGUCUUGGCCGGUUAUGUUGCUGACAGAUAUGGACGCUGGAAGGUGGUGUUUGGAGGUUACGUGUGGAGCUCGUAUUUCUCUCUGCUGACAUCGUUUGCCCCGACGUACGGCUGGUUUAUCUUCCUGCGCAGCAUGGUGGGCUGCGGCGUGGCGGGGGUGUCACAGGGGUUUGUGCUGAAGACAGAGUUCAUCCCUGCCAAGUACCGGGCCUACCUGCUGCCUCUGGGUUCUAUUUUCUGGAUGACCGGCUCCAUACUGAUCAUCCUCCUCGGGAUGCUGGUGGUUCCCACUAUGGGCUGGAGGUGGAUGAUCCGGCUCUCCAUCACUCCCAGCAUCAUCCUCAUCUUCCUCUUUAAGUUUAUUCCUGAGUCAGCUCGGUACAAUGUGUCGGCUGGAAACGUUGAUGCUGCCGUUAAAACGCUGCAGCGGAUCGCCAGAAUGAACCGAGCUUCUCUUCCUCCUGGACGGCUGGUGGAGCCUGCUCUGAAGGAACGUGGCAGCUGGAGGAUUCUGCUCAGCUCAGCUUAUAGGAGGACAUCUCUGCUGCUCUGGUACUCAUGGUUUGUGGCGUCCUUCGCCUACUAUGGCUCCGUGCUGAGCAGCUCGGAGCUGCUGGAGAAGAACCUGUUGUGUGUGAUAAAUGCUGACAAAGAGCAUCAGGUCAAACACCGGCAUGAGAACGGACUCUGUUACUGCAUCCCCUUUGGAAACAACGACUAUCACACGCUUCUCAUCAGCUCCCUGGGAGAGGUUGCAUUGGUUCCAAUAAACAUUAUUCUGCUCAAUGUGUUUGGGCGGAAGAUAAGCCUUUCUGUGCUCCAGCUGCUGACGGCUGUUCUGUUCAUGAUGGUCAAUAUCUGCACCACGAUGUUUGGAUUCACGGUUCUCCUCUUUCUGCUCCGGUCUCUGGUCUCCAUGAAUUUUAAUGUGGUUUACAUUUACACAGCUGAGGUUUACCCUACAGUGGCGAGGUCUCUUGGGAUGGGUUUCUGCACGUCAUUCAGUCGGAUCGGAGGGAUGAUCGCACCAUUUAUCGCACAGGUGCUCAUGUCUCAGUCUGUGAUUCAAGCUCUCACUCCGUUUGCUGUUGCCUGCGUCAUCUGCGCUCUGGGAAACUUGCUGUUACCGAUAGAAACCAGAGGACGGGCCUUGCUGCAAAACUCCUGAUGAUUUCUCUGAACAUGUUACGUGAAGCAGUUUUUCUAUAUUUGCAAUCAUAAAUGUGUUUCAUUUGGCAGUUUCAAUGUUUCUGGUCCAGACAGUCUCUGC